UUUUUUGGGCUUAUCAACUUUGGACCCAUUUCCAAUAGUUGAAAAGGCCCUAUAUAAAUAAAUAAGAUUGAGCAUACACGAACUUUGAACCCUAUUUCUUCCGCAGCUCGCCGUUCGUCCACACCACUCUGUAGCUCAAAUCUAGCGAUAAUGACUUUCAAGCGGAGGAAUGGAGGUCGCAAUAAGCAUGGCCGCGGCCACGUCAAGUUCGUCCGUUGCUCCAACUGCGGAAAGUGCUGCCCUAAGGCUUUGCUACAGGACAAAGCCAUCAAGAGGUUUCAAGUAAGAAACAUUGUUGAGCAAGCGGCUGUAAGGGAUGUCCAAGAGGCUUGUGCCUUUGAAUCAUACACCCUUCCAAAGCUCUAUUUGAAGGUGCAAUACUGUGUUUCAUGUGCAAUUCACUCCAAGGUUGUCAGAGUUCGCUCCCGUACUGACCGAAGAAACCGAGAACCUCCACAGCGUCCUUUCAGACGCCCAAUGGACAAUGCUCCCAAGCCUGGUCAGCCACAACGCGUUCCGGGAGCUCCUCCAACUGCUGCCCGUACAUAGAAGUGACCAGAUAUCUUGUUUUUUCUCCAUUCUGAUUUAAAGUUGCUUCAUUUUGUUAUGAUGAUGUGUGACCUUGAAUAUUUUGGUUAAGUUGGAAAAUCAUGACAGUAUUAUUACUGAGAAUUGCGGGAUAAACAACAAUUUCUGCUUUGAUUAUGCAUGUUUAUCAACUUCUCUGCUGCUGUCCUAAUUUCCAAAUGCCCCCUUUGCAACACUCAUGGUGUGGAACUGUCGGGCGCAGGCCCCUAUCCAUAAAU